UAGAGUUAACCAAACACUUUUUUUACAAAUGCCUAGGAAUAAAAUGUCUGCCAUUAUAAUCCUGGGAAUAGAUUUUCUUGGAAAGAAUUUGGAAUCCGGGAAACAAACGCAUAUUUAUGACUAGAGGGAGUAAUGUUAAUAUGAGAGGCAUUUGAUUUUUUUAGGAGUGAGAAGUCAAAAGUCGGAAGUCAAAACCCUCCAAACAUUGUUUGCGUCGUGCGAUGUUGUAGCUAAUUCUUCACUCACACUCACAACUCACAACAACACACAUUCAAAUUCGACUUUCUUCAAACUAAUCUGUUUUUGCAUUAUGGAUUUCAAAGCAAAAAAUCUUUGUUACAAGAGAAAAUCUCUCACUAUCAAACCAACAAACAACAACGUUGUUGUUGUUAGUGACAGAAAAUUUCUCAUUGAUUUCAUAUUCACAACUUACCUAGGACCUGAUGUUAAAUCUGAUAAUCCAAGAUGUUCAUCACUUCAAAGAUUAAUCACUGGAUUACCACCUUAUAAUUUCAAUGAUUUAGGUUCUUCUUAUGUUACAAUUUCUCUUUUAGAGAAAUUGUAUUACUAUCUAGUUAAAAAUGCAGUUCCUGAAGUUAUAUUAGAUCUUAAUAUGUUUCAUAUGUAUUUAAAGGGAAAAUUGGACUUGCCCGGUUCGGAAUUUUUAGAGGGUAGUCAACAAUUUACUAGCAUUUUUCCUUUGGAUCUUCAUCCACAGAUUUGGUAUCCUGAUAGCUUUAGGAUUGUUAAAGGGGUUGUUUUGAUUGAUGAUCCUAUUGUAUCGUCGUGUGUUAAAGAGGAGGAUUUGAAUAGGUUUAGGUUGUUAACCGGUGUUGGUAGUUUGAAGUUGGAUUUAAGUGAAUGUUUGUGUUUUCGGAUUGAUCCUCGGUUGAGUAAAGAAAGUGAUAGUGGUUGUGUUGACAAAUUGUUAGAGACUAGUCCAAAUGAGAGGUGCAAAGAAAGUGAUGGUGAUUGUGUUAACAAAUUGAGUAAAGAAAGUGAGAGUGAUUGUGUUAACAAAUUGUUGGAGAGUAGUCCUAAUGAGGGGUGCAAAGAAAGUGAUGGCGAUUGUGUUAACAAAUUGAAUAAAGAAAGUGAUGGUGAUUGUGUUAACAAAUUAUUAGAGACUAGUCCAAAUGAGGGGUGCAAAGAAAGUGAUAGUGACUGUGUUAACAAAUUGAGUAAAGAAAAUGAUAGUGAUUGUGUUAACAAAUUGUUGGAGAGUAGUCCUAAUGAGGGGUACCAAUCGGGGAAGUUUCGAGAAGAGUGUAAGAGAAAGUAUGAUGAUGUUGAUGUUGAUGAUACUCCUUCCAUGUCGGAAUUUCCACAUACUGCUACUACUAAUGGAGAUCCUUCUUUUAACAAGAUGUGUGAAUCUGAUGGGCCUUCAAUGAUGCCGCUUUUGUCAAUACCUGACAUUGACGAUUGUGUCCAAGAUUCUUCUGUUGUUUUAACAGGGACAGCUAAUAGAGGGCUACUUGGUCCGUCUGUUGGUGUUGUGGAUAUUGGUAUUAGUAAAGCGGCGUAUCUAUUUCGAGUUUCCUUACCUGGUGUCAAGAGAGAGUACAAUCAGUUCAGUUGUGAUAUUGAAUCUGAUGGAAAGGUUGAGAUCAAAGGGUUGUUAUCUGGUGGAAGAACUAUCGAGAAACAGUCUCGUAUUUUCCAGAUGAAAACUCAGCAGUUAUGCUCUCCUGGACCGUUCACAGUUUCAUUCAGUCUUCCAGGACCUGUUGAUCCAAGACUCUUUGCACCUAACUUUAGAUCUGAUGGAAUUUUCGAAGGAGUUGUAAUCAAGCUCUAGUUUUCUGCAUCUAGCUUUUGUAAGUAAAUCUAAAAGUUCCGAGAACAAAUUUUGGUUUCGUUUUUGCUGUAUUGCACCAGAUGCUAGUCUGUCAUCUAAGUUGACAUUGAACUAAUUUUGUUUAUCUAGAUUAGUCUGCUACCACAAAGAGCUUUCAUGUGUGUUAUGUAAAGAAUCACUUUUCUUUAACUCAUGGUGCCGGGACCAGAAUUGGUGAAUAGCAUCUCUCUCUAA